CAGCAACAUGCCUCCAUAUGCCCAUGCCCUCCAAAGAACCAUUGGCAAAUUUGACCUACCCAUCAGACAGGCUGCUGAAGCUUGUUUGGACCCAAACAACCCAGACUACAUCAACAGCAAGCUCAAACCGGGUUAUACCGCUGGACGAUGUUGGGUCCUUGUAGAUUGUGUGAUGGGCGGAUUGGCGCCAUCGGACUCCUCUGGAGCGUCAGCCGGCUCUGCAAUUAGUGCCUUAUUGCCUACGAUUUUGGCCCUUUGUGGUCCUGGACCGGUCGAACUUGUGCAAUUGGCUUUCGUAUCUCCCAUCCGUGCCCUCUCAACAUGUACCUUUGGCAUCGGCCUGCCCCCCGGUCUCUUCCGCCAACUAUCAUCCUCCCAGUCCCCAACCACUCUCGUCGACCCCUUCGAACGCACCUGGUCCAUCCUCGUUCGCCGUCCGACUUCCAUAGCGGACGUAUUGAAACGAAUGCUUGCCGACAUCGCCAUCAUCGUCCUUUUCGGGGUCAUGCUGUGGAGGAAUUGGGUCGUGUGCAGUAUCGUCAUGGUCACAUUUAGGUGUGAAUAUUCGGGCCUCUUGCUUUAUUGGCCGGUCGCAUGUGCGAUGUGGUUGGUCAUUGCGGUGGUUGGGUUGCGACUUAUGGCAAGGAGUCUUGAGAUUGAGUAUGGUGGGGCGUCUAUGGGGUGGGGGCAGGUGCUGUUGUUGCCGUAUCGCUUGAAAUCGCAGGACGGGUUGCCGCACGUUGGACCGGGUUCGGGGCGAUCUACCAAUCAUGUCGGGGGUGAUGCGAUUGAGAACGCGCCGGGUGAGAGGGUUACUGGUAUACAGUUAGGGGAGAUAGAGGGAUCUGUGUCGGCUGGGGUGAGAGAAGUGUCUGAACUACUAGGAAGUAGGUGGGCAUCCUCGGAGCAGGCGAUCUACCGGGACAUAUACCAUCGUCCAGCGAACCCACAAAACCCAUCCAACGACAGUACAAUAUCCACAUACACUCUCCCAUCAACAGGCUACUAUAACCCGGAGCGCGACCUGGAACAGUACCAAGCUCUCAACAGCACAACCCCGCAAAGUUCACCACCAUCUACACCCGACGCCAGCACGCUCGUCGUGCGGGUACGGAUGUGGCAUGUGGCGUUGUGGGGAUGGUACGAAGCAGCUAUAGAGGUGCUUGCUGUGGGCGUUUAUCUGUACGCGACAAUUGUGCUUUCUUCAGUACUAUUUUUGUCCGGUCAGCAAAGCAUGAUAUACACGGUCGUGAUGGUGUUGUGUCUGAGUGGUGUCAGGAUCAUCUCUGCUACUACUUAGACGGCUUUAGCUUCAUAUAUCUCCUUGUCAUUUAAUUGGACUCGUAUCUCGAUCUAUGCUCAACUACC